AUGGCUUUGAUUGACAUUGACACCAUCAUCCUUUUUCGGGACAGGGAGGGCGAGCGAGACCCUCUCAAAGCGAUUUGGUAUCUAGUGGCCACUGCUGCUCUUACUGGAGCUGGGGCUGGACCGAACAUUCCCUCACUAUACCGUGCCGCUACGACCGGCCUGCCUCUUGAACUCGCCAAGUUGGUCCAGCGGAGAUUGAAAGAGGCAAUCCUCAAAUCGACAAUCUUUGUGGGAGUGCCACGCUCGGCAGGAGCAGCGUUUGCACUGUUCCGAGAUUUAAGUGACGAGGAAAUCGAUCAUUUUGGACCCCGGCUCGAGUCAUACGAUGACCCUGAGGAACAGCAAAAAAGGGUGGCCCGCGGGAAGAAGUUUUUCGAUAUUCUUUGGACUCCAACGGAAGCUGAAGGUGUUCGAGCAACUCUGAAGAAGUACCAACCCGACUUCUAUCUCUUGAAUCAGAGGCUCAUUUACGAAUACUGGGGUUCUGAAGAUCGGAUACUUAAAGACGUGGAAACGGAGCUUGUCGCUAUCGCCGCUCUUGUUGCAAUGAACUGUCCCGAACAGCUUGUUUGGCAUCUGAGGGGAGCCAUCCGUCACGGGGCCACAACAAGCCAGGCGCAAUUUGCUUACGAUCUGGGGAUCGCUGUCUCAAAAGCUGCGGGCUGCGAUCUCGGUGGUAUGCCGAAAUGGGAGAAUUUGUUUUGGGAGACACAAAAUUCCGCUGAAGAAGCGGGUUUGAACUGA